AUGAGAGGGAGCCGAUCGAUCGCGGUGGAACAAACGGCGAGGAGGACGGCGGGAGAGCGACGGGACGUGCACAGACUGGAGGGAAAAACACACCGUGACAAAGGACAUGUGACUGAGAUGCUGUUUACUGGAGAAAAGGCUCCAAAAUCAGUUGGUUUAGGCUGGAGCUCUCUGGCUGACCGCUACCAUUAUGUAAAUAUCCAGGCGGGAUCCAAACAGCAGCAGGUCCUGAGGCGAGCCGAUGGCACGUCCCCACAGCUGGUGUCGGCUGAUUGGGCCCUGAGAUCCGCCUCAGAGUCUCUGGGUGAUGCCAUGAUCAGGGAGAGCUACACGCGCUGGGCCUGCCCCCCUGGUGCUGUAAACCAGUCAUGCUGCCUGUCCCCACGCCUCACAGGGACAGUAUCGAUCCAAGUUCACUCAGUGGUUCUCAAACUCUUCAUUCAGCUUUUGAGGUGCCACAGCUCGCUUGCUUUCUGA